ACACCUGUGAGCUACGCCCAUCACUGUCCCUUCCUCUUUCAGUAUAAUGUGUGUGAGAGAGUGCAAUGGCAGCCGCAACUAUCUCUGUAGAUCAAGACGAGUUUUGCUGUCCUGUGUGCCUAGAGGUUCUGCGAGAUCCCGUGACCAUCCCGUGUGGACACAGCUACUGUCUGGACUGCAUUGAGGAUUACUGGAACACAGCGAAGCAGAAAGACCAGUACAGCUGCCCCCAGUGCAGGCAGGUGUUCAAUCCCAAACCCCUGCUGAGCAGGAACACCGUUCUGGCCGAAGUGGUGGAAAAGUUUCUGAAAAGUGAAGUUCAGUCUGCGGCCCAGCACCUGGCGAAACCCGAGGAGGUGAAAUGCAGCGUCUGUAAGGGCAGGAAGAACAGAGCUGUGGAAUCCUGUCCCCAGUGCCUGGAGUCUUUCUGCCUGGCCCACCUGAAAGGACACGAAGAGCGCUUUCACAGAAAAGGACACAAGCUGAUCCCAGCCACAGACAGGCUGAAAGAGAAGCUGUGCCAACAGCACGAAAAGCUGCUGCGUCUGUACUGCCUCAAUGACCAGCAGUGUGUGUGCUCGCUGUGUGUUAAGGAGAGACACAAGGGCCACAACACGGUGCCGGUGGUGGAGGAGAGAAGCAACCAGCAGAAAAAACUCAAAGAAACUUCUUUGAAGUCAGUACAGAAACUGAAGGAUGCAGAGAAGGAACUGAGAUACGCCAUAAGAUACAUGAAGCAUUCCACAGAGGCUGUGGUGGAGGAGAGUGAAAGGAUUUUCUCCAAGUUGAUUCGAUCCAUUGAGAAACAAAGCGGAGAGGUGAAGGAGAUGAUCAAAUCCCAGGAGAGACUGGUGGUUGGUCAGGCCGAGGAGAUGCUGGAGAAGAUCCAGAGGGAGUUGGCUGAGCACCGGAGGACCGAGGCUGAGCUGGAGAGGCUGUCUCGCACGGAAGACCACAUCCACUUCCUCCAGAAAUGCAAGUCUCUCCAUUUCCCUAUGAAGACUGUAGAGAUGCCCAACACAGAUGCCCUGACGUAUUUCAUGUAUAAAACAAUGAAAGACGGCCUGGGCGACCUGAAAGGAGGCCUGGAGGAAACACUUCAAAGGGAAUUCAGCAGAGUUUCUGAUAAAGUAUACUCGCUGAAGGAGAGCAUCAAUCCAAACAUCAGUGAAAAGACCAAAGCUAGAGACGCCGACAUUCCUUACACCACAGAACCGAGGAAAAGAACCGAUUUUCUCCAAUAUUACAACGAGUUGACGUUGGACACGAACACAGCCAACUCCUACCUGAGCGUCUCCGACAGCCGGAGGUCAGUGACAACCCGCUCAGAGCCGCAGCCCUACCCCGACCACCCGGACCGCUUCACCAGCUGGGCCCAGGUGUUGUGCAGAGCAGGGAUUGCGGGCCGAUGUUACUGGGAGGUGGAGUGGGCUGGGAGUGGGGGGGUCUCAGUUGGCAUCUGCUACAAGAACAUGAACAGGAUUGGAGGAGGGAGCGACUGCAAACUGGGCCAUAACUCUAAAUCCUGGAGCUUAGACUGCAUCAACACCACCUGCUCGUUCCAGCACAACAAGGAAAGCGUUGCCAUCGUGACUCCCUGUGGGAGCCGGAUAGGAGUGUAUCUGGAUUUCAGGGCUGGGACGCUAACGUUCUAUAAUGUUUCUGAUUCAAUGAUUCUGCUCCACAAGGAGAAGACAACAUUCACCCAGCCAGUGUACCCGGUGUUUUGGGUCGGCUUGGGCUCUACACUGAAGGUGUGCUCUCUUUAAACUAGAAUCCUGCUUUAGUAGCA